AGUACAGCUCGCCGCUGGUGGACAGAAGUGAAUAGCAAUGGCUAGCAACAACAAUAGCAGCAGCAGCUGCAGCAACAACUAACAUUAGCUGGUAUUUUCCUCAGGAAACAUCGCAUGAAUGUAUUUUUAAAGCCAGUCUCUGCUGAGCUGAAGAGCUGAAUGUCCUUCUAGUGUCGGUGAAAAUGACACCGAGAUGACUCACCAGUGGCUUGGACAUCUGUGAUUUGACAGAAGAUGAGGCUUGCUCAGUUUGUCAGACUUGUCAUUGCUUAUAAUGAUUGCUACUGUAGGCACAUAAACCACACUGACAUGGACAACAAACUAUAGUGAAUCAUGUUUGUUGCUUCUUGCACAUCACACUCACUAAAAAAACAAAAUACAUAAAUUAUCAUUUAGUUUGUUUCGAAUGGCUUUCAGUUGAUAACCAGUGCUGACAAUGUCACUGGGCGAGCAGUCUCAAAAGUGGUUUCCAACCCAUGUCCAAGCCACUGUUCUUCAAGCAACCGGUUUACAGCCCAAGGGCAAAAAUGGCACCAAUGAUGCCUACACCAUCAUCCAGCUGGGCAAAGAGAAGUACUCAACAUCAGUGGCAGAGAAGACACUUAACCCUGUCUGGAGAGAGGAAGCCUCCUUUGAAUUACCUGGGUUACUUUUGGAGGGCAACCCAGAAGUGUAUGAACUCUGCCUUAUAGUGAUGCAUCGGUCCUUGGUUGGGAUGGACAAGUUCCUGGGUCAGAGGUCCAUCAACCUGAAUGAAAUCUUUGAUAACAAGGAGCGAAAGAAAACUGACUGGUAUUCCUUGGAGUCCAAGCCGGGGAAGAAGAGGAAAGAACGAGGCCGCAUCCAAGUCAGCAUCCAAUUCAUGAGGAACAACAUGACAGCCAGCAUGUUUGACCUCUCCAUGAAGGAAAAGCCCCGCUCACCUUUUUCCAAACUGAAGGACAAAAUGAAAGGUCGCAAACACGACAGUGGCUUUAGCGACACAUCGUCAGCCAUCCUGCCUCGGUCUGCCGUGUGUGACACAGAGCCUAACCGUCAGUCCUUCGCCCCAGAACCACAACCUCAGCCUGAAGCCAAGGUCAAGAGACCGCUGCUCGCUGGGGCCCAUAAACUCUCCGCAGCCCAUUCCAUGUCAGAUCUCAUUGGGACUCACUUUCGGCCCAAACUGGACUCAAUGAACUCCAUAGAAGAGAGUGGGAGUGCAGGCGGCCCUCACAGGCGUUCCCAGAGUGAGGUGCCCGGCUACCAGGACGGCGAGGCACACAGUGACCCUUUCACUGAUAUCAGUGACACCCUGCCACAGAAGUAUGCCACGCUCCCACGCAACCGCAACCCAUUCGAGGGGGAGCACGGGCAGCUGUGGGACCGGGCAGAGCGGAAGGAGAAAAAGGAGAAGGUCAGCCUACUGGAACGCGUGACGGGAAAGAAGGAAGGCCGCAAGACCAGCAACGGGGGGCGUUCUGGCAGUUCUGGAGACCUGCGCUCCCCCAACCCAUUUAGUGGAGACUCACAAGCAGACACUAACCCGUUCAUCUCCAACUACAAAGCCAGUGAUAAAAAAUCAACAGGGCAUGAAGACAUCACCUUUGGUCAUAAGAAGAAGGACAUCUUUGGCAAGAAAAAGGAGGCGACACAGGAAAGCGUGGCUGCCUACAGCAACUUGUCCUUUGAGGAAGUUGUGCAGGAACUCAUUAAGCAGAAAGAAGUGGUGAAAAAGAAAGACGCCCACAUCAGGGAGCUGGAAGACUACAUCGAUAACCUGCUCGUGCGCGUCAUGGAGGAGACGCCAAGCAUUCUACGGACACCCUAUGAGCCAAAAAAGAAGGCGGGUAAAAUCUCUAAAAAGUAGAAAGAAAAGAUGUUGGAUGAAAAGUUACUAAUGAAGGUUUAUCUGCAGCUCAUGCAUCAGUAUCGUGGUAAAAUAAGUGGGAACAAACGGGAUUGAUCAAAGCCAAAUUAAUGAUUGAUUUAUGUCUUUGCUUUAGAACAUUUUUAUUCAACAGAUGUAGUUUUUAUAUAGUUUUUUUUCCAAUGUUUUGGUUAUUUUAGUACACAGGUGUUUUGCCCUCUUUGUUUGGCAUUCCUAUUACUAUUUAAAAUUCUGAAUACUCGCUGCGGUGCAUUUUUAGGUAUGUAAACAGGAUAAGAGAAAUUCCUAGAUCGAUUCAAAUCAAAUCCAUAUUUUUGACAAACAUUAGGUUUCACUACAUUAUAUCGUAUGCACUUGUGAACCCACAGAGGUCUGUUGCACAUACAGCUACCAUCAUCUGCCUAGAAGCUCUUAAGGUGCAAAUGCAGCCAAAUUUAUGUUUACCAGAUGGUGUAGUCACAGUUGUGUGCAGUUUGCUGAAAGACGGUCAAGAGGUCGAUAAGAUGAGGCUGUAGUUACUGUGUUUACACUUGAGUGCAAGUCUCAAACUUACCACCUAAACCAGGCGUUUAGUAGAGGCAGCAUCAGCUUUGUUCCGAGCCUCUUCUGUGCUACAGAUGUGGAUGAACACUGCUGCCCUGCCCAACAGCCUGAGUGAUUCAUGGUAUUCUUAGAAAGACAAAGAGAGUUACAGUAAGAAGUUGCUGGACAGUAUCUGGAUUCUCUGUAGCUCAUGCUUUUUUUUUUUUUUUCCAAAAAUCGAACAAACGUACAUUGCUGUUGUCAGUUACUCAUUUCUCAUUAUUUUAUUUGUGAUGACUAUCAUUUAAGCUUCUUAGACCAAGGGUCUCACAGUCACUCGCUGAAGGUGAUCAUUUAACUGACUUUUAAGUGCAAUAAUCAUGACUUGCUUUAUAUUUGGCUGGUAAUGUUCUUGUUUACAUUUUAAUCACACUGUUGAGUCUCUUAAUAUUGAUUUGAUUCACUGGAAAAGCCUGGAGUUUUGUGUUAUAGCCUCCGUGGAUUGACCAGCCUUCAUCUCCUUUAGUUACAGUUUUUGCUGAAGAUUGUAUCGACGGUACCUAGCUGCACAUUUGGAUAUAUGCUGAACAAUCUUUAUUUAUACAAGUUUCUUAGCUCAUUUACAUAUGAACAUUAUUUUAAUGUAUUUGUAUGGUACUUUAUGGUAAAAACGCUACUGUAUACCCCCUUACUCACCACACUUUCUACUGUAAUAACACUGUACAGUUGGUACCAAUCACGAAAAAAACAAAGUAUUUGCGUCUUAAGGUCUUAGGAUACAGUUUUUAUAUGUAAUUCCCAUCAGCAUUAAUAUCUGUUUACCUAGUCACAAAGUAUGUACUGUGCCUCAGUAUAUUUCAGCUUUCUAUGUAAUCAAAACAACCAAACUUCUAACAUUCACAAACCAUAAGAUAAAAGUGUUUUACCAGUUCACUGAGAACUAAUGAUGAUCAGUUUGUUAUUGUUCGAGGUAAACACCCAAUGAGUGUCAUUCAGGUUAGAAAUAACUGUUUGACAGCACAUGUCAGAAGCUCACUGUCCUCAUUUCACAGUUUUACAUCUCACAUGUCGCCUCAAUCUGUGAUGCUAAUGUGAGAACAACAUAUGUUGUUUCCAUAUUCAACUCUUUCAUUCUGUGUCUGCUGAACAAAUGCAGAGGGAGUGACAGGGCAGCUGUUGGAUCGCGCUGCUGGUACUAAAAUGAACUAAAUGAUUACUUAAAGCUUAAUCUCAACGUUUUCAUCACCUGUAUUUGUGCUUGAGCUCGAUGUUCAAAAGUAGAAUAAUCACUUACUGAUGUUUAGGUUUACAUUUUUGAAUGUUUAUUUCUGUUUCAUGGAAAGCAGCUUCACAUACAGUGUUAAACACACUUUGUAAUAUCAUAAUAACUUCCUUUACUCAGAGUUUCACACCAUUUUUAAUGAUCUAUCAAGCCUCUUUGUUAGAUAAUGAUCCAAUUUGUCCUUUUGCUGGUAUUAUUUCUGGUAUGUAUAUCUAUUUUGUAAUUACUUUCAAGUCUUAUACAAUAUUUGACCUUUACACUGUAUGAUACUAAAUCAUGGCACCGUAUCUAUGGAAUGUCAACAGUCAAAAACACUUGUUAAUUUAAGUUCUUCAUGAAUAUUUCACCACUCAGAAACAUGUAUGUCAUGUACUAAUUGUUUCUGCUGCUGCACAAGUAGUGACUUCACCUGAAAGUUUGUGAUCUCUUUUUGGACUUGAAGCCAAAUCUCUUGUCAUUGAAUGUAUUCUGGUUGGAUGAAAUACACAAUUCUGAAAUGUAUAAUGAUAUCGAGUACACUAACAAGGCCAUUGAACCUUGCUUGCCUUUAAAGUAUUUGGUGUAUCCAAAGAGAUCAUUUCAUAUGGGUGAUUUUUCUCCCCUUCCUGCUCUCUGUUAGUCUGACAGAACUCAGACAUCUUCAUUAUGGACAUGAAGUGAUUGUCGGUACGGUUUUGUGCGAUGAUGUGACACAGAUGUAAAUUCCUUUGUAUUGGAGAACGGUUAUUUGAUCUGCAUAUAUUUUGUAAAGCCAACAAUGUUUGAAUCAGUUCAGAAAAUGAUGAGUAUUAUGUGAUACUAAUUAAGAAGAUAUGUGGAUAAGAAUCUGUUUUCCAUCACGGAAAAGCUUCUCACUGAUUGCCUUCCUACAUGUGCUGAAGUGUAAACUCUCCGUCUCUUCAUGUUACAGGCUUUACCAACUGCUUUAACUAGUCUGUAUUGGUAGUUAGACAGUUGUUCAUGGACCUUACCGAGCUCUUCAUCUUCCAUUGUACAUACUGUACAGUCACUUUGUUGUAUCACGUCACCUCCUUUGACUUUUUUGCACAUUUUGUUGUGCUUUAAAUGUUUGAAAAUGGGCUUCCUGGGGAUUUAUUCCAUCUAAAGUUCAGUCAUAGUGUGAAUUAAGCUAAAUGAAAUUUGAAAAGUGGAAAUAAAAGUUAAGAAAAGUA